AUGCAUGAUCCUAGGGAACCUCAUUUUUACGCUUUUAAACGUAUUAUCAUAUAUAUCGAAGGCACCGCUGAUCAUGGCCUACAGUUAUACCGCUCUGCUCCCACGAGACUUAUUUCUUACACAGAUGUCGAUUGGGGCAGCUGCCCGGACACGCAACGCUCAACUUCAGGGUAUUAUGUUUAUUUGGGUGAUAAUCUUGUCUUGUGGACUGCGAAACGACAGGCUAAUUUGUCCCGAUCAAGUGCCGAAGCAGAAUAUAGAGGUGUCGCUAAUGUUGUUGCCGAAAUUUGUUGGCUCCGGAAUCUACUUCUCGAGCUACAUUGCCCUAUUCGACGGGCAUCCUUGGUUUAUUGUGAUAAUAUCUCUGUCGUAUACUUGUCAUGCAAUCCGAUACAACACCAACGUACCAAACACAUUAAGAUGGACAUUCAUUUUGUACGCGAUAAGGUCGCUCUUGGUGAGAUCAAGGUCCUACAUGUUCCGUCUUCAUACCAGUAUGCAGAUAUUUUCACCAAAGGUAUCUCAUGA